AGACGACGACGGACUCAAAUACUUGGAAAUACUCAAUAAUAUUAUCUGUGAUUUUGAUCGAUUAUUAGUAAUGCCGGCAUACAGUCAUAAGAUUGAGAAGAUCAAGACAGUCGGCUCUACAUAUAUGGCCGCAUCGGGUCUACGGCCCGGAAAAGGAUCUAUUGAUAGUGUUAUAAGUGUAGACGAAGAGAUUGAAAAUUUAAUAGUUUUGAUCCGUUUCGCGAUGGCGAUGACAAAAGCGCUCAAAAAAUUCAAUGUUCACCGAAAUUCACUGUACGAGUCGGGCUCUGACGUCGACUUUAAACUUAGGAUCGGUAUAGCAAUGGGAGCCGUCACUGCC